AUGGAGAUAAACAACCAAAACCAGUGUACUACUCAUCAUGAAGAGCUAUCUUCAUUGUCCGAGAUGUUUUCUUCGUUUUGUGCACAAGAUCAUGAUGAACUAAAUCCUUUGCAAGAGAUAUUCGGAGCUAAGUCGACUUCAAGGCCUGUCUUUUCUGAGCCUAAGGAGGUUACCAAGACACUCGAGGCGGAUAAAGACACAGGGGAUCAUUGCAACAAGAGUAACCGAGCGGUUAAACGACCACGUUCCAUGGAUUAUCGUGUGAUGAUGGAGAAGAGAAGACGACAGCUUAUUAAAGAUAAAGUAGAUAUAUUGCAAGAGCUGACGCCUAAUUGCUCAAAGUCGGACCUUGCAACGAAGCUUGAAAGCAUCGUAGAAUACAUUAAAAGCUUGAAACAUCAGCUAGAUGUGAUGUCGAUGGCAUACACAGAGUUUUCGGGUUACAUGCCACCAUAUUAUGGAGCACAGCAACCAGUGAUGUCUCCUUGGGGCUAUUACCCGCCAGGAAUCCCAAUGAUGAUGCCUCAGCAAAAUAUGCCAUUUAUCCCUCCAUAUCAUCAGGCUCAUGACACCGCGCCGCCUAAUCAAGCUCAACCUAAAUACAAGCAUUAG